AUGCACCCCACCUCAAUUAUAAUAACCACAAGCUCAAUCCUCAUCUUUGCCAUCCUGACCUACCCCGUUUUAACAACCCUAGACCCAAAACCACAACAACCAUACUGAGCGCUGGUCAAAGUCAAAACCGCAGUCAAGCUUGCCUUCUUUAUUAGCCUCCUCCCGCUUUCACUUUUCCUCAGUGAAGGGACAGAAAUAGUCAUCACCAACUGAAACUGAAUAAACACCGAAACAUUUGAUAUCAACCUUAGCUUCAAAUUCGACCACUACUCAAUUAUUUUUACCCCAAUCGCAUUGUACGUAACCUGAUCAAUCCUGGAAUUCGCGUCAUGAUACAUACACGCAGACCCCAAUAUAAAUCGAUUCUUCAAAUACCUCUUAGUUUUCCUCAUUGCCAUGAUUGUCCUAGUCACAGCAAACAACAUGUUCCAACUAUUCAUCGGCUGAGAAGGAGUAGGAAUCAUGUCCUUUCUCCUGAUUGGCUGAUGGUAUGGCCGAGCCGACGCUAAUACUGCGGCCCUACAGGCAGUUCUUUAUAAUCGAGUUGGAGAUAUCGGAUUAAUCUUUUCCAUAGCAUGGAUAGCAACUAGCCUUAACUCAUGGGAACUCCAACAACUAUUCGUAGCCUCUAAAGAUCACGACCUAACAUUCCCCCUUCUAGGUUUAAUCAUUGCUGCCACCGGAAAAUCCGCCCAAUUUGGCCUCCACCCCUGACUCCCCUCAGCCAUAGAAGGCCCUACACCAGUCUCUGCUCUACUACACUCAAGCACAAUAGUUGUUGCAGGAAUUUUUCUCCUAGUACGAACUAGCCCCCUCAUAGAAAACAACCAAACCGCUCUAACCACCUGCCUAUGCCUAGGAGCCCUAACUACACUAUUUACGGCUACCUGUGCCCUUACACAAAAUGACAUCAAAAAAAUCGUCGCAUUCUCAACCUCAAGCCAACUAGGCCUCAUAAUAGUCUGCAUUGGACUAAAUCAACCCCAACUCGCAUUCCUGCAUAUCUGCACCCAUGCCUUCUUCAAAGCAAUACUAUUUCUCUGCUCAGGCGCUAUUAUCCACAGCCUAAACGAUGAACAGGACAUUCGUAAAAUAGGAGGCAUACACCACCUUACUCCUUUCACAUCCUCCUGCUUCACACUGGGAAGCCUAGCCCUAACAGGAACCCCAUUUCUUGCCGGCUUUUUCUCUAAAGACGCAAUCAUCGAAUCACUAAACACCUCAUACCUAAACGCCUGAGCCCUGACCCUAACCCUCCUUGCCACUUCAUUUACGGCCGCCUACAGCCUGCGAAUCAUCUUCUUCGUGUCCAUAGGCUAUCCUCGUUUCAACACGCUAUCCCCCAUCAACGAAAACGACCCCGCAGUCAUCUCUCCCAUUAAACGCCUGGCCUGAGGAAGCAUCAUCGCAGGACUUCUUAUUACGUCUAACAUUCUCCCACUUAAAACCCCCGUAAUAACCAUGCCCCCCCUACUAAAGCUCGCUGCCUUAGUUGUGACCAUCACAGGACUACUUGCAGCUUUCGAACUAGCAUCCCUCACAAGCAAACAGCUCAAACCAACACCCCACCUCACCCCCCACCACUUCUCAAACAUGCUUGGAUUCUUCCCAGCAAUCAUCCACCGAUCUAUCCCCAAACUAAACCUGCUGCUGGGGCAAUCAAUUGCUAGCCAGAUAAUCGACCAAAAUUGACUAGAAAAGACAGGACCCAAAGCAGCAAUAUCCCUCAACCUCCCUCUCAUUACUUCAACAAGUGACGCUCAACAAGGCAUAGUAAAAACCUACCUCAGCCUCUUCUUGCUAACUCUUGCCCUAAUAACCCUAAUACUUCUCAUUUAA